ACCCAUCAACUUCACCUCUAUUCUUCUUACUUGAGACCUAUAUUUAGUCUUGAAAUUUGACUGUGAAAAUGGGUUUCACAUUUGCAUAUCGACUUAUCUUAGUCGUGGCAGUUGCUUCCGUGUUGGGAAUAAGCCUGGCCAAUAAAGACUGGGGCUCCCCUAAUUCCAACUACACUGGUUGGGGUUGGGGUUGGGGUUGGGGCUGGGGCUCCUCGAAGUCUAACCACACUGGUCAAGGCUUUAAUAACCAUCCCUUGAAUGAAACUCAAGGACCCAAAAAGAUCAUUGUUGGUGGAUCAGAAAACUGGCAUUUCGGCUUCAACUACUCCGAAUGGGCAUUCAACAAUGCACCAUUUUACUUCAACGAUACUCUAGUGUUCAAGUACGAUCCACCAAGCAACACCACAUUCCCUCACAGCGUUUACUUGUUCUCUGACCGAUGGAGCUACUUGAAUUGCGACUUAAAGAGAGCGAAGAUGGUGGCAAAUGCAACCCAAGGCGGUGGCGAAGGAUUCGAGUUUGUGCUGAAGAGGUGGACACCCUAUUACUUUGCUUGCGGUGAACGUAAUGGUUUCCAUUGUAAGGUCGGAGGCAUGAGGUUCAUGGUAAUGCCACUCUUUCGUUGGCAUUACUAGAAUACUUGGGAGAUGAUCACAAAUUAAGGAAUAUCGACAUCCAAUAUAACAAAGAUAUUUAGAUUUUGAUGACAAAAUUAAUGUGUAAUGGUUUCUUAAAAUGAUGAAUAAAUUAACUUUCUUCUUAUUA